AUCACCGUCCAUGGGACGGUGAUUAAGGUGCAGGCCCACAUGAAGUAUCUGGGCCUGACCCUGGACGGAAGAUGGAGCUUCGGGCAGCAUUUUGUCCAACUUGGCCCGAAGCUCAUCAACGCUGCUGCCGCCUUAAGCCGGCUCCUACCAAAUGUUCCUACAUUUGGGCCGGAAACACCAUGCCGGCGAUUAUACGCCGGUGUUGUGCGGUCCAUGGCUCUGUACGGUGCUCCCAUCUGGGUGGACGCUCUCACCGCUCGGAACAAGGUUCUCUUGCGAAGGCCGCAGAGAAUCAUAGCGGUGAGGGUGAUACGCGGAUAUCGUACGGUGUCGUGGACGGCGGCAACACUUCUCGCGGGCGAUCCGCCUUGGGAGCUCCAGGCGGAGGUGCUCGCGGAAGUGAGGUCGCGUGGCGACCGUCCAGGGUUGGAGGAGGUGCUGCGAAUCAGGACUCUCGCCCAGCAAGCCCUGAUUCGCAGAUGGGAGGAGGAUCUGAGGUCCCCAGCAGCAGGCCUGGCGACAGUGGAGGCGAUCCGUCCCCACUUGAGUCGCUGGGUAACGAGAAAAGGCGGCACACUGACCUUCAGAUUGACUCAGGUGCUUACUGGACAUGGGUGCUUCGGUAAG